AUGCACGGGCUGGUCAGAGGGGACCAGAUGGAGCUCGGCAAAGACGCAGACACCGGCGGCCAGGUGAAGUAUGUGGUCGAGCUGGCCAAGGCGCUGUCCCGCCACCCCGCGGUACACCGCGUCGACCUCCUCACGCGCCUCAUCCGCGACCCGUCCGUCGACGGCAGCUACGGGGAAGCCGAGGAGCUGCUUGCGGAGGGCAGCGGCGGGGGGCGCCUCGGCGGCGCGCGCAUCGUGCGCAUCGCGAAGGAGGCGCUGUGGCCGUAUGUGCGCGAGUUUGCCGACAACGCGCUCGCCCACGUGACCGCGACCAUGGGGCGGCUGGCGGCGGCGGGGGAGGUCUGUGAGCUCUACCACAUCCACGGCCACUAUGGUGACGCCGGUGAGGCGGCGGCCCUCAUGAGCUUCACCCUGGGGUGCGACAUGGUGCUGACCGGCCACAGCCUGGGCCGCAACAAGCUGGAACACCUGCUCAAAGGACGCACCAUGUCCCGCCAGGAGAUCGAGUCGGUGUACGCCAUAUCGCGCCGCAUCGAGGCCGAGGAGCGCUCUCUGGACGCGGCGCUGGUGGUGUUCACCUCCACCCAGCAGGAGGUCAGGGACCAGUGGGGCCUCUACGACGG